CUUACAAGGGUACAACAUUCUCUCUUCAUCAAACGCGGCCGCCACACCAGCCCACCGCCACACACCGUCGCUUCACCACUUACACUACCACAACACCACUCACUCCCGCCUCGCACCAUUAGUACACUGGUGACAGGAGACGGGGUGAGUGUUGACCACAGGAGGGCGGCCAGGUGUACGCUGGCGUAUUUACCUCUUGAGGUGUUCUAUUUAUUGUAUUUAUACGCGACGCCUCGCAUGUGCGGAGAGGUCAAUAUUUGCGCGUGAUGGAGCCACGCCACCAGUGAGUUAGAUACAAAAAAAGUGUCAAGUAAAGGAGAGAGAAGUAGAGAGAGAGGGAGGGGGGAGGUGUAGAGUGUGUGUGAGUGUGUGUGUGUGUGUGUGUAUGUGUGUGUCAUUGUCUUGACUCCACGCCGGGCCUCUCUCAACGCCCCCAGACGCUCGUCAUGUGAAAAAUUUAGACGUAUCGAGUGAGAUUGAUCGUGGUGGGUUACGUCGGCUGGCGUCAAGUGGUGACCCAGGUAGUGGUGAACAGCUACCACCACAUCCACCACCACCACUACUACUACCACUGCCACUACUACUACUACAAGUGGUGACCCAGGCAGUGGUGAACGCCUGCCACCACCACUACCAUUACUACCAGCCUACUACAACAAUUAGUAGUGAACACCUACCACAGCACUACCAGCGUGUUACAACAGUGAUGAUCAGGGGCAGUGAAGCGAGGCAGCAGCUCCUACACGUGGUGACUCAUCUGGAAUUAUAAAAAUAAACAAAUGGCUCUAAACAUCGAUCACCUCAGGAACACAACAGUGGUUAGUUUGUUAUUGUGUCAACUAUAUUAACAACGGGGGAACUAUUGGCACACAUAAACCAUUAUAAUGAAUAAACCAUCAAGAAAGUUUAACCACUGAAAUGUAAACUCAAAUUAAACAGAUAAACUACCUAAGAGAGAAAAGAUAUAUGUAGAAAAACCUGAAACAGAUUAAGAAAAGUGAACGCAUGCGAUAAACGAGAGAUAAAGAGAGCAGACUAACACGUGGACGACACACCAGACAGAUGACAUAGUCGUGGUCGGCCCCCACGAGGUCGUGUUGCUCUACCAUGUGUCAUAGAGUUGUAGGCAGUGUGGUCGUGGUCGGGUCGUGGCCAGAGCGGCACUGGUGAGCCGCCGCGUCUGACCAUGGCACCCCCACCAAGCUGGCACUUCCCUGUGGUCGUUGCCAUACUCGUCUCCCUCGCCAUAAUCUUCCCCGCACGCGGCUAUGAGGGCGUGCAUGUUCGUGUACCGCCGGGCUACCCCAAGAAAUACCAGAAGCUACCCACCUCAUACCAGGGAGGGUAUGUCUCCCGUUACCCAGGUUACCCCACUACCUGGAGAGAACCAGCGCCUCAAUACCCGCAGCAGCACGUCGGGUACCUUGGUAAUGACAACGGGUAUACUGGUGGGCACUCCAGAGCCACGGAUAGUUACUCUCAAGACACCCAGAACGGCUACAGAAUCAACGGCCUCGGGGGUGUUCGUUUAUCCGGAAAUAAUAUCGGUUAUCCAAUGGACACUGUGCCGCAAAUCAGAUAUCAGCAGAAUCCGGUGGUCGGGUAUCCGAACUACGGGUACCCGGUGAUAGGGUCGUCGCCCAAUGACGUGAUCAACCGGACCUUCGUACCGCCGUGGGACGCCAGCGUGUGGGACCAACCCCUCGACCCUGACGUGUGUCGCACCCUGGCCGGCCUCAGUCGACCACAGCUGCACAUCUGUACACGCACGACGGACAUAGCGGGGGCGGCGGCCAUCGGGCUGGGCAUGGCGGUAAGGGAAUGUAGGCGACAGUUUGCCAACCACCGCUGGAACUGUACCGCCCUCCUCACUCCCACCAACAACCCCCACACAGCCGCCAUCAUGGGUAGAGGUUACAGCGAGAGCGCAUUCGGACACGCCAUCACAGCAGCGGGAGUGACUCACAGUGUAGCCCGCGCCUGCGCAGCUGGUCGCCUCUAUAACUGCUCCUGCGGCAUGGUUCGUGGCAAGAGAGCGUGGAAGUGGAGCGGAUGCCACGACAACACCAGAUUUGGGGCUCGUUACUCCCGCAAGUUCCUGGAUGUGAGGGAGCGAGCCAAGGACAUGAUCUCCUUCACACACCUCUACAAUAACGAGGUCGGCAGGAAGGUGGUGAGGAGGAACCGUGAGGUGCGGUGUAAGUGUCACGGUAUGUCCGGGUCAUGUGAGGUGAGGACCUGCUGGAAGGCGGCCCCAGACUUCCGGCGGGUGGGCGACAUGCUCAAGAAGAAGUACCGCGAGGCCAAAUCCGCAGCCGUCGAGGUCUUCGGCAACUCCGCCAACACUGCCCGCAAGUAUCGGCCUGUCAGAAGAGAGAUCAGUCCGGACUCGCCGCUGCUCUAUGUAGAGAAGUCGCCGACGUUUUGUGAUGUGGAUGGUCGUUUGGACGUAGCGGGGACGAGGGGUCGGCACUGCAAUAGGACCUCCACGGGACCAGACUCGUGCGACACACUCUGCUGCGGGAGGGGGUACGACCAGAGGCGGGAGACAGCCACCAGCAAGUGUCACUGCCGCUUCAAGUGGUGCUGUAAGGUCAGCUGUCACGACUGCUCCGUGGAGAAGUGGAUUUCUGUUUGCAAAUGAAGGCCGAGAAUAACAAGACCUGACGUCGCUACACGUUUGUUCUGGAGUCACACCUUCUUUGUAAUACUGUAGACUCAGGAAUGAUUGGCAUAAUUAUGAAGUCUUUUGUGUUGAUCUCAUAAGGGCCUUCAUUAUAUAGUUACUAUGGGUACUUUUUUUUUACAAGGAAAUUACUUGAACUACAGGAAGCGAAGUGUCCUCUCAGCUGCUCGAGUCAGAAAACUUGAUGUACAACAAUGUGUGGCAGCACUGGAAAUAUGCUGCAUAAUACUGUAAAAAAUAAGAUGAUAUAUGGCUGGACCAUUGUUGAUUAUGUGGGAAGGAUGUGUUGACAGACCUCAGCAGUGAAGGCAAUUGAAUGCUAUACAAGACCAUAGACAUAAGAUGCAUUGUAAACAUGUGUGCUUGUUUUGUGUUGCUGGAAACUGUUGAUGACUUGAAGCUAAGGUAAUCCGCAUAAUGACGAGCACAAACUGGAAUGUUGUAACCCACAAGCCUUUGAGCCGUGAGUGAUGACGAAUUUUCCAGAAAAGAAUUUGUUUAUAUUACAUAAAAUACUGUACAACAAAACUUUAUGGAUUGUAUAUUUUAUAAACUGUUUCAAUGUGGAAGUGUUGUAUUUGCUUGUGAAAAAUAGGUGUGAAUGUCAGUGUCUUGAACUUAAUUUUAUCAAUGAAUGAAUCGCCAAGAACUGGAUCAGACGACAAUGGAAUUCGUUGCAGUGAACGUAAAAUACACGACAUACUGUAUGAAAUUGAUUACAGUGAACGUAAAUGAACGAUAUACUGUAUAGAAUUAAUUGCAGUUGACGUAAAAGAACGGUAUUCUGUAUCCGUACAAAAAAAGAACUCCACAUUUAAAUAAAUUUCAUUCAAACUCCCUUGUUUAGAGCGAACACAGUGCAGCCAACAGAAAAGAUAAUACAAAUUAGUAAAAAAAUAAAUAAAUAUUUCCUAAAACAAAUCAAAGAUGAAUAAGCAGAAAAGCAAUAAUUUACAAGAAAGAAAUAGGCUUUUAUUCACUGAUAGGUCGCACCCACCAGUCCUAUAGUGUGUGUUUGUGUACAUUGAAUACCACUGUGGAGGUCUUUUUUCUUUUUUACUAUUUUAAAUGUAUUUUAAACUUUUUUUUAUGUUCUACAGUCAUUUUGUCCAUUUUUAUGAGAUAAUCUUAGUUGUGUAUAAACAGUAAAUGUUGCAUAGUGUUUAUUUAUUGUAUCAUAGGAUUAUUUUGACCGUAUAAGAAAUGUUCCUUUUUUGCUCUGUAUCACUGUAAAAUGUCGAUCAGAAAUAAUUAUUGAGUUAUUUUCCUCAUUGUCUGUUGGAUGAUAAUGUGAAAUACUGUACAGGAUUUAUUUAUUAACUAAGAUUUACAUUAAAAAAUAAAGCUCCAUCCGCGAUUAAUAUAAAGAAAAGCAAUGUUCCAAACAUACAAAUUCGCAAAUGAAUAAGUAUUCUUUUACUUCAGUGAAUAUAGCAGAAAUGAUUGUGUGUGUGUGUGAGAGAGAGAGAGAGUGAUUGGGGAAGAGAACCGUACAUUACCUAUUUGGAUUUUUGUCUCUACCAAUGUUCAUGCUUUGUUUGUGUAUCUGUAUGUUUGUAUAUAUGUCAAUAACAUGUCUGUUUAUAUUUAUAUGUUUUUGUCCCUUUGUGUUUUUGUGAUGUUGGUGCAUUUACGAGUAUUUGUGUGUGCUGAAGUGUAUCUGCCUGUGUGUUUGCCUUGUUUUUCCUGUGUAUGUUUAUUUUGUGUGUGUGUGUGUGUCAACGUGUUUUAUAGGUACUUAAAAUUUCAUAAUAUGCUUUUCUCUGCACUGAUCUCACUAACCUAGCGACCCAAGGCACUGAAUCUGUCAGAACCUCCUUGCUGUUAGUGCAAAAUGACUAAAUUACGAGCCUACUGUUCUUGAAUACAAUAAAUUACAAUAAAU